GCACACAGCAAGUCACACGAAACUUCAGGGCUACAGUUUGCUUACUUGACAAUAUCUGACUAUUUACAUCUGCAUAUUAUAUGUAGAGACAAAGUGCCAUUGCGCUCCACGUUUGGUGGCUUUUCGGCUUUUCGGUGGCCUUACAGUAUAUCUUUAACUUGCAUACAAGGACGCAUGCAUCUCUGAAUGAAUGAAAGGCACAUGGUAUUUUUUUUUUUAGUUCAGUAAUCUCCGAAACAAAGGCAGUUCUGUGGAUAAAGUGUUUUUUUUUCUCCUGUUGCCCCAAAAGAAUACUGGAAAAAGAGAAUGUCUGAAACGGACUAAAACGGGAAACCCUGGCUGAUAUUUAUCAUUAACACAUGGUUUGGAUGGAACUAUUGCAUUCUGUAAUCCUUUUGGAUUAAUUACACAAGGACCAUGGAUAAUUUCUUCACAGAGGGGGACCGUGUUUGGUUGCGAGAGGAUGAGCAGUAUUACCCCAGCACCGUGUCUUCCUGCUCUGGAGGUGUGGUGGUCUUCACUACGGACUAUGGGCAGGUGUAUACCUACAAGCAGAACACCUUGACCAGGCAGAAGGUGCAGGCCAUGCACCCCAGCAGCACUGUGGGGGUGCAGGACAUGGCCACUCUGGGAGACCUUCACGAUGGAGCCAUCAUGCACAACCUGUUCCUCCGCUACCAGCAGAAGAACAUCUACACGUAUAUUGGCUCUAUCCUGGCGGCGGUGAACCCUUACCAACCCAUCCCCCACCUGUACGACAGACCCAACGUGGAGCUGUACAGCAGACACCACCUGGGUGAGAUCGCCCCGCACAUCUUCGCUGUGGCCAAUGAGUGUUACCGCUCGCUGUGGAAGAGGACGGAGAACCAGUGUGUGCUGAUCAGCGGAGAGAGCGGAGCAGGAAAGACAGAGAGCACCAAGCUGAUCCUCAGAUUCCUGUCUGCCAUGAGCCAGCACUCCCUGGAGGCCAUGUCCAAAGAAGGCACGUCACACGUGGAGCAGGCUCUGCUGGAGAGCAGCCCGAUCAUGGAGGCCUUUGGAAAUGCCAAAACCGUCUACAACAACAACUCCAGCCGCUUCGGGAAGUUCGUGCAACUCAACUUCUGCCAAAAGGGGAACAUCCAAGGGGGCAAAAUCGUUGACUACUUACUAGAGAAGAACCGGGUGGUGAGGCAGAACCCAGGAGAGAGAAACUAUCACAUAUUCUACGCUCUGCUAGCCGGCAGUGACCCGGAACAGAGGGAGGCCUUCAGUUUGUCUUCGCCAGACAGCUACUAUUAUCUGAAGCAGUCGGGAUGUGUGGAAGACCAGACAAUCAAUGACAAGGACACGUUUCAGGAAGUGCUGAGCGCCAUGCGGAUCAUGCAGUUCACGGAGGAGAACAUCCGGGAGAUACUGCGCCUCCUGGCCGGGGUCCUCCACGCCGGAAACAUCGAGUUCAUGACCGCCGGCGGGGCGCAGGUCUCCUCCAAAUCAGCUCUGUGCAGGGUUUCGGAGCUCUUGGGGCUGGACCCAGCACAGCUGGCUGAGGUACUGACCCACAAGUCCAUGAUUCUCAGGGGGGAGGAGAUCAGCACGCCACUCACUGUCGAACAGGCUGUGGAUUCCAGGGACUCGAUGGCCAUGGCCCUUUACUCUCAGUGCUUCACCUGGAUCAUCCGCAAGCUCAACAGCAGGAUACGAGGGAAGGAGGACUACAAGUCCAUCGGCAUCCUGGACAUAUUCGGCUUUGAGAACUUUGAGGUCAACCGCUUCGAGCAGUUCAACAUCAACUAUGCAAACGAGAAACUGCAGGAAUACUUCAACAAGCACAUCUUCUCACUGGAGCAGCUGGAAUAUAACAAGGAAGGCCUAGUUUGGGAGGACAUCAAUUGGAUGGACAAUGGAGAAUGCCUGGAUCUGAUUGAGAAGAAACUGGGGCUCCUUGCACUAAUCAACGAGGAAAGCCACUUCCCCAAAGCCACUGAUGGCACGCUGUUGGAGAAGCUACACAGCCAGCACUCGAAAAACUCCUUCUAUGUGAAACCGCGUGUCGCUGUCCACUUUUUUGGGGUGAAGCACUAUGCUGGAGAGGUCGUCUAUGAUGUGAGAGGUAUCUUGGAGAAGAACCGUGACACCUUUCGAGAUGACGUCCUAAACGUACUGCGUGAGAGCAGGCUGGACUUUGUCUAUGACCUGUUUGAGCACGUCUCCAGCUGCAACAACCAGGAUACCCUGAAGUGCGGCUCUAAGCACAGAAAGCCAUCCGUCAGCUCACAGUUUAAGAAUUCCUUGCACUCCUUGAUGGCCACCCUCAGCACAGCUAAUCCAUUCUUUGUGCGCUGUAUCAAGCCAAACACAAACAAGAUGCCAGAUCAGUUUGACCAGACGGUGGUCCUGAAUCAGCUCAGGUAUUCUGGGAUGCUGGAGACUGUCCGGAUUCGCCGGGCUGGCUUCCCUGUGAGGAGACCCUUCCAGGACUUCUGUGCCAGGUACAAAGUCCUGAUGAGGGACCUGUCCCUGCCAGACGACCCCAGAGGGAGGUGCGCUGAGCUGCUCAGCCUCUACGACAACAGCAGUGCCGAGUGGCAACUGGGGAAGAGCAAGGUGUUCUUGAGGGAGUCUCUGGAGCACAAGCUGGAGAGGCAGAGGGAGGUGGAGGUGUACCGGGCCGCCAUGGUGAUCCAGGCGCACGUCAUGGGCUACAUGGCACGGAAACAGUACAGGAAGUUGCUACACUGCAUUGUGGUCAUCCAGAAGAAUUUCCGUGCCUUGUACUGGAGGAGGAGGUUUGUGCAGCUGCGCUGGGCUGCGCUCACCUUCCAGAAACGCACCAGGGGGCGGCUCGCCCGACGGCUCUACCGCCAGCUCCUGGAGGAGAGGAGGAGGAGGGAGGAGGAAGAGCGGCGCUUGAGGGCAGAGGAGGAGGAGAGGGAGAGGCAGAAGAUGGAGGCGGAACGACUCGCUCGGGAGGUGGAAGAGGCGCGGAUUGCAGAGGAGCUGGCAUCCCGGGCCUUGGCGAUGGAGGAGGAGGUGGUGGAGCUGCCAGAGGCGGAGGUGCGCCCUCAGGACGCCACGCAGGUGGAGGAGAUCCUGCGCCUGGAGCGGGAGAUCGAGGAGCUGCAGCGGCAGAAGGAGCAGCAGGAGCUGUCCCUCACCGAGGCGUCCCUGCUCCGCCUGCAGCGCCUGAGAGACGACGAGCUGCGCCGGCUGGAGGACGAGGCCUGCCGCGCCGCCCAGGAGUUCCUGCAGUCGCUGAACUUCGACGAGAUCGACGAGUGCGUGCGCCACAUCGAGAGCUCGCUGGGCUCGGCCGGCGGGGGCGGCCAGAAGGAGGAGGAGGAGGAGGUGGACGAAGGCUUCGGCGCCGACGACGAGGCCUUCAAGGACUCGCCCAACCCCAGCGAGCACGGCCACUCGGACGGCCAGCGCACCAGCGGCAUCCGCACCAGCGACGACUCCUCGGAGGAGGACCCCUACGUCAACGACAGGGUGGCCCCCCCGGCCCCCCCGCCUCCCCUCUCCGGGCCCCUGGCCUGCCACAGCAACUCCUCCAGCGCCGACUCGGCCUACUGCCGGCUGCAGGGCUCGGAGGCCCAGGACGAGAGCCCCGCGGACCUCAUCCCGCCAGACGAAGACUCGGACUACGACCAGGAUGACUACGACGAGGGCGCCAUCGUGUCGGCCGGCAGCCUGGCCCUCUCCAACCCCCGCAGCGGCCAGUGGUCCCCGGACUUCCGCUGCUCAGUGGGGACCUACAACAGCUCCGGGGCCUACCGCUUCAGCUCCGAGGGGGCCCAGUCCUCAUUCGAGGACAGCGAGGAUGACUUCGACAGGUUCGACACUGACGAUGAACUCUCUUACCGGCGAGACUCGGUCUACAGCUGCGUCACCCUCCCCUACUUCCACAGUUUCCUGCACAUCAAAGGGGGCCUGAUAACCGCGUGGAGGCGCCGUUGGUGUGUGCUGAAGGACGAGACCUUCCUGUGGUUCCGCGCCAAGCAGGAGGCCCUGAAGCAGGGCUGGCUGCACAAGAAGGGCGGCGGCUCAUCCACGCUCUCCCGCAGGAACUGGAAGCGCCGCUGGUUCGUCCUGCGACAGAGCAAGCUCAUGUACUUUGAGAACGACGGCGAGGACAAGCUCAAGGGCACGCUGGACAUGCACGCCGCCAAAGAGAUCAUAGACAACACGGGGAAGGAGAACGGGAUCGACAUCGUGAUGCCUGAUCGCACCUAUCACCUGAUCGCAGAGUCUGCCGAGGACGCCAGGCAAUGGUUCAGCGUGCUGAGCCAGGUCCACGGCUCCACCGAGCAGGAGAUCCGGGAGAUGCACGACGAGCAGGCCAACCCCCAUAACGCUGUGGGGACCCUUGACGUGGGGAUGAUCGAUUCAGUGUGCGCCUCAGACAACCCAGAGAGGCCAAACUCGUUUGUGAUCAUCACGGCGAACCGCGUGCUGCACUGCAACGCGGACACGCCCGAGGAGAUGCACCACUGGAUCACCCUGCUGCAGCGCUCCAAGGGCGACAUGCGCGUGGAGGGCCAGGAGUUCAUCGUCAGAGGAUGGCUCCACAAGGAGAUGAAGAACAGCUCCAUGGCCUCCUUGAAGCUGAAGAAACGCUGGUUCCUCCUCACCCACAAUUCCUUGGACUACUACAAGAGCUCUGAGAAGAACGCCUUGAAGCUGGGCACUCUGGUUCUCAACAGCCUCUGUUCCGUGAUGCCGUCUGAUGAGAAGGUCUUCAAAGAAACAGGCUACUGGAAUGUAACGGUCUACGGGAGGAAGCACUGCUACCGCCUCUACACCAAGCUCCUGAAUGAAGCCACGCGCUGGACCAGCGCCAUCCAGAACGUCAUCGACACCAAGGCCCCUAUCGACACUCCUACCCAGCAGCUCAUCCAGGACAUCAAGGAGAACUGCCUGAACAGUGAGGUGGUGGAGCAGAUCUACAAGAGGAACCCCAUCCUACGCUACAGCCACCACCCCCUGCAUUCACCCCUGCUCCCUCUGCCCUAUGGGGACAUCCACCUCAGCUUGCUGAAGGACAAGGGCUACACCACGCUUCAGGAUGAGUCCCUUAAGGUGUUCAACUCGCUGCAGCACCUGGAGGGCGUGAGCGACCCGGUGCCCAUCAUCCAGGGCGUCCUGCAGACGGGCCAGGACCUGAGGCCGCUGCGGGACGAGCUCUACUGUCAGCUGAUCAAGCAGACCACCCGGGCUCCGCAGCCGGGCGGACCUGGCAACCUGCGCGCCUGGCAGAUCCUGGCCUGCAUGAGCUGCACCUUCACCCCGUCACGCGGCAUCCUCAAGUACCUGAAGUUCCACCUGAAGAGGACACGCGAUCUCCUCCCCGGUACGGAGAUGGAGAGGUAUGCCGCCUUCGCCCACGAGUCUCUGAAGAGGACCAGGACCCGGGAGUUCGUCCCGUCUCAGGAGGAGAUCCGGGCCAUCAUGGGCCGGCAGGAGAUGAGCACCACGGUGCACUGCCACGGCGGAGGCUCCUGCAAGAUCACCAUCAACUCGCACACCACGGCGGGAGAGGUGGUGGAGAAGCUGAUCCGGGGCCUGGCCAUGGAGGACAGCCGCAACAUGUUCGCCCUGUUUGAGCACAACGACAGCACCGACAAGGCCAUCGAGAGCCGGGCUGUGGUGGCAGACAUCCUGGCCAAGUUCGAGAAGCUUUCAGCGAGCCAGGAUGAGCAUAACACAGGAUGGAAAUUCUAUUUCAAACUCUACUGCUUCCUGGACACCGAUAAUGUUCCGAAGGACAGUGUGGAGUUCGCGUUCAUGUUCGAGCAGGCCCACGAGGCAGUCAUCCGGGGCCAGUACCCGGCCCCUGAGGAGACCCUCCAGUUCCUGGGCGCCCUGCGGCUCCAGUACUUGCUGGGGGACUUCAGCGCCCAGGCGGCGGUGCCCGAGAUGGACCAGGUGUACCCCAUGGCCCGGCUCCGGGCACGCAUCAGCCAGUCCACCAGGACGUUCUCCCCGGCGGGGGCCGAACGGGGCGAGAGGAAGCGCUCCAGCUUCCUGGAGGGCACGCUCCGGCGUAGCUUCCGCAGCGGGUCUGUCAGCCGGCAGCGGCUGGAGGAGGAGAACCUGCUGGAGGCAUGGGCCAGGGAGGAGAUCGCCUCCGCCCGCGCCAGCCUGCUGGACAAGUGGAAGAAGCUGCAGUCCAUGACCCAGGAGCAGGCCAUGGUCAAGUACAUGUCCCUGGUGAAGGAGUGGCCCGGGUAUGGGUCCACACUCUUCAGCGUUGAGUGUAAGGAUGGGACCUUCCCGCUGGAGCUGUGGUUAGGGGUCAGCGCCGAUGCCGUGUCACUGUAUAAACGCGGGGAGCCCCGCCCGCUGGAGAGCUUCCCGUACGAACUCAUCCUGUCCUUCGGGGCGCCGCUCCCCAACGCCUACAAGAUCGCCGUGGAGGGCAGGGAGCUCCUCUUUGAGACCAGCUUGGUGGUGGACAUCGCCAAGCUGAUGAAGGCCUACAUCAGCAUGAUCGUGAAGAAGCGCUACAGCACCUCCCACUCCCUCAGUAGCCACAGCAGCCAGUGCAGCAGUCGCUGAAGCCAGGACCUAACCUGUAACUCCGCAACAUUCGCGGAGCACAUUUCAUAAGCCUUUAGUAUUUCGCUCAGGCUGUAAGGAGUGUAAUCACGGCCUAGGAGAUGAAUUAUAAAUGUCAUUGUUGCUGCGAUCCACUUGCAUUUAUUUUCGGGAAGCUCUGCUCUUAAUGUGUUUUUUAAUAGGCUCAGUUUCCUUCACUGACAAAUGCUUAUGGGUGUCAAACUCCGAAGAGAAGCAGCGUAUGCCGCUCUGUAGAUAACGUCCGGUCUGAUGUCAGGAUCUGUCUUUUAAAAACAAACGUCUUCUCACAAACAAAUUUUUGUCAUCUGUGUGGCAAAUACUGCUGGCCACGAGGUAGCCAUUACUGAAGUGCCUUAUUUUGAUAGAGCCCAACCCAAAUGCUGAUGACUCAGCAGUUCUACCUUUGGCUCAAAACAUGUUUGCGUUGUUGGUUGUGAGGCUCAUUUGUUCAGAAGGGUGUUCAAUGUUUCCCCCUCCCCAACUAAGACGAAUGACAUGACAAUGCAGUGUGUUGUUUGGGUCCCGUUUCUCUGGAACGCUGCAGGCAGCCUUCCUCCCAAAGUCCCAGAGGAUGCCAAUAUUGUGCCUUUAUUGUUUGUAUAAUAUGUACACUUGUACUUGCUCAUACUUUUUUUGUUGUCAAAUAUAUUAAUGUGCAAUGUUUUAUAUUUUCAAAUGGCUGUACAUUUUUUACACAGAAAUCUAGCCUUCUCUUUUACUGGAUUGUGAGGCGGCUUACUGUUUAUUCUCCCUUUGAUUACCUACAGAAGAACCAACAGCAACAGUAUAUUGUAAAUGAUUUUGAUGUUUCUUUUAUCAUUUGUAUUAUCAACAUUAUACAUUGAAACAUGUUCAUACUAAGCCAUUAAAGACAUAUUUAUCUGAA